UCUCCACCCAUCCUCCCAUCUCUCAUUCACUCUAUUUCAUCCAUCCAGGGUGACGCCAGUCCCUCUCACCCCGCCCCGUUCAACUCAGUCCACUGCGUUCAUUUCAUUCCUGCUCCCAUUCCGCGCAUAUUUCGCAUCCUUGGAAAGACGCUGCGCAUUUUACGCACUCAGCGCGCCCGAUCCUUCAUCAAACCAAAACCGUGAGGAGACUCUGGAGUUGGCGGAGUGCUUCCCGAUGCUGUAGCGACUCCGAUCUGUGGAAAAGUGUGGGAAUUAAUCCAUUAAGAGGCGUAUGAAUCGAGGGUUCCUGCAGUCUGAAGUUGGAUUUGGACAAGCCUGCUGAGUUGUCUACAGUCUACCAGCAACUUUUAGUAUUAUUAUUCGUAGUUGAAUUAUUGGUAGCAUUUGGGAUUACCGUCAAAGCAGCAGUAUGGAACGCAGUAGCUGGAGUGGCAGUGAGAGCCCAGGCGAUGACAUGGAACGACUAAGUGACUCAGGAGGAGAUAAAACCAUGGACGGGGACCCUGAGGGAGUCUGGAGCCCUGACAUUGAGCAGAGCUUCCAGGAGGCCUUGGCCAUCUACCCACCUUGUGGAAGGAGGAAGAUUAUACUGUCAGAUGAAGGAAAGAUGUACGGUCGAAAUGAGCUGAUAGCCAGAUACAUCAAGCUUCGAACAGGCAAGACGCGGACAAGGAAACAGGUAUCCAGUCAUAUCCAGGUUUUAGCCAGAAGAAAAUCCAGGGAGUUUCAAUCAAAACUGAAGGACCAGAAUGCCAAGGAAAAGGCAAUGCAAAGCAUCUCUUCCAUGUCCUCAGCUCAGAUUGUCUCAGCCACCGCCAUACACAGCAAACUCCUCCCUGGAAUAGUACGGGCCAGCUUCCCCAGCAACGCACAGCUGUGGCAGGGGAUGAUUCCUGGAGGACAGUCUACCUCCAACACAGAAGAUAUUAAGCCGUUCUCUCAGCAAGCCUACUCUGUGCAGACAGCAGGGACCCCCACAAUCUCAGGCUAUGAGCCUCCCAAUGCAGCCCAAACACACAGAGAGCCAGCGUGGCAGGGUCGCUCCAUUGGCACCACCAAACUACGACUGGUAGAGUUUGCAUCUUUCCUAGAGACACAGAGGGACCAGGAGGCAUAUAACAAGCACCUGUUUGUGAACAUCAGCCAGAGCAGCCCGAACUACAGCGACCCCCUGCUGGAGUGUGUGGACAUCAGGCAAAUCUACGACAAGUUCCCGGAGAAGAAGGGCGGCCUCAAGGAGUUGUUUGGCAAGGGCCCACAAAACGCUUUCUACCUGAUCAAAUUCUGGGCGGAUCUGAGUUAUAAUGUGCAAGUUGACCCAGCGGCCUUCUACGGUGUCACCAGCCAAUAUGAGAGCUCGGAGAACAUGACCAUCACCUGCUCCACCAAGGUCUGCUCCUUUGGCAAGCAGGUGGUCGAGAAGGUGGAGACGGAGUACGCAAGGUUUGAAAACGGGCGCUUCAUCUACAGAAUCAGUCGCUCUCCGAUGUGUGAAUACAUGAUCAACUUCAUCCACAAGCUCAAACACCUGCCUGAGAAAUACAUGAUGAACAGUGUGCUGGAGAACUUCACUAUUCUGCUGGUUGUGAGCAACAGAGACACUCAGGAGACCUUGCUGUGUAUGGCGUGUGUAUUUGAGGUGUCCAACAGUGAGCACGGAGCUCAGCACCACAUCUAUCGACUCAUCAAAGAAUAACACACACACACUUAUACACAUGCACACAUAUAGCCUUUUUAUUGGUGAUUAAUGGUGACAUUGGAGGUAAAAUGUCUAAAAACUGAAUUCGACAAAAGUGUCUUUCAGCCAAACAACUUGACUUGAGUAAGGAAAUGGCUGCAUUUACACUGCUGCUCACAAAACACCACAACAAGAAUUGGGUAAUUAUUAUUUAACAUCGGAUAUGAUGCAGUAUGCUGCAGAAUCCUCAUCAGCAGGAGCAUCCCCACAUAUACAUCUUAACUCCAGCCUGAAUAUCUUGUUGUUGAUUAGCUGUAAAAACCACAGUGAUCCAACACAUCAGAAUCGACCUGGGUGGUUUUUCCAAAAACAUCCCGACUCUGAUAUCACCUGGAGAUGUCAUGUCUCCUGCUAAUUGGUUUAUUCCCCUCUUUCUCGCAGUAAAUUUGUAUUUUGCUGUUCUGUAGAUGGAAAUGAAAGUAGUACUUCUGUCAGGUGCUUUUGGGAAAGUCAACCCAGGGCCGAAAAACAAAUCUAACAAUUUCCGCCCCCAUGUGACAAACGUGUGUGUUAGCUGCCAAGAUAAAGGUCAGACCCUGUGUAUCAUUAAUAACCAGAGAAGAUUACACUACUGCAUUAUCAUAUAGUACAAUAUAGAGGUGGUUUUGUACAGAUAGCCACUGCAAAUUGUGAGCUGCAAUCUUGCACAAAAAAGAGGUUUGUUCCCAAAGAAAAUAAAUCAAAGUUUUACCUUUUUGUAUGUACUCUUUAAAAAAAAGAAUGAAAAAAGAAUAGCUUCGAAACUUUGGGAAAUUGUUUAUUGAUAGUAGCAUAUAGACUAUAUUUUAAUUCCAGGAACACUAUCUAAAAUGUAUGUUAAUAAGAAAGUAUAAUUUAAAUUAAACAAUACAGGUACCUUUUGGGUUUAAGAUUAAGGAUUAUAAUUUGAAAUAUCAAAUAUAUUGUGGUCAAUCUAUUGGGAAGCACUGUGAAUCUUUAAAACAACGUCAUUCAUGGUGUACAAGGUAAGGAAACUUUUCAAACAAAAAAAAUUCUGAUCAGGUUUUACUUACGAAUUAAACUUAGCUUAGUUCAAUAUGCUUGCACCAGCUGAAUUAAGCUUUAACAUGAUCAUACUGACAAAUGUGUUCAACCCUGAAAUGUUAUUAUGUCAAUAUUUAAAUGGAAGAUUAUCCUGACCAGAAGCCAUGGCAUCUGCUUUUCAUUUAGAAAAAAGGGGAUGAGACACAGUUCCCUUUUAAUUAGUCCAGGACUUGUUUCUUCCAGUCAGAAUUUUGAUGAAGUGUACUAUAGUAGCAGGUGAUGAUUGGUGGUUUGUAUGUGUCAUGCCCAACAGCAUGAAGUGCCUUUGGUUGGUAACAGCAGUAUACAUUUCUAAUCAGUUUCAUGAAAGUCUUGAUACUUUGGUGUUGUUAAUGGUCUAUAGAAAGUCAUUUUAGUGAAUAUAAAUACAUAAUAAGGUAUCACAUGGUCCAGUUUUCACUGUCUGAGGGUUAAUUAUCCAAAUUCCAUAUUUAAAGGGGCUGUACUUUAUAUUUACUAUAUUCUUUAUACUCUUUCACGUUACUUGAUACAACAAUGAUAACCCGGACUAUGACGGGCUAUUAACUGUUUAUUAGCACAACAGCGUGUGUUCACACGGCUAACACCAACAACGGGAGCUAAAGUUACCCACAAUUCAUCAGGUGUAUCACACAGUAGCCCAAAAUACACAGCAGUACUCAACAUUCAGAACAUUAAUAGAACAGCGAAACAAACAUUUGCUUGUAAUGAUACAGUGGAGUAAUGGUGUCCUUAGCAAAAGAAUGAAGUCACACUCUGUGUGUGUGUGUGUGUGUGUGUGUGUGUGUGUGUGUGUGUGUGUGUGUGUGUGUCUGUGUGUGCGUGUGUGUGUGUGUGUUAGCCAAGUUUCUAUGUUCAUGAGCUGGUCCAGUUACGCGUAUUUUACAAAUUGGGGAAUGGUAUGUGAGAGCCGUGUGGAGGCAUUCCCAGCCCGCUAUUUUUAUCUAGUAUUCCUAGUACAGCUCCUUUAAUGAUGGUUUCUUGUUGUAAUUUGUAGACAGUAGGCAGUGAACCAUUCUAAAUAAUCUUAACUUUGUUCCCACAGGAUGUUUAUGAGACACAUUCUUGUUUACUUAAUUUUAUGAUAGCUUUUACAUGUAUUUGUUACAUGUAUGUGUGACAGAUUCAUGUUUAAACCACUUACACACUAGGUAUUGUCUGGUGCCUCAUUUAUAAUAUACAACUUGGACUUGUUACUACUAAAGAAGACAAAUUCUAAUUUGGGUAUCUUCACAUGCCUUCUGUAAAAUAAUUGAAACAAAAAACUGAAUAACAAGUACAAUGAAGCAGCAUGCUGUAUUCAACAAUGAAGAAUACGGUAUGCUGAUUAACACAGUGUCAAGACGUGGUGUCCAGAAUACCCAGUAAUUUGCAGAGAAAACACUGCAUAUUUAUUGUGUGUUUAGGGCAACUUUUACCAUUUUACCAGACCUGAAAUGAGCCAUGUUUCAUUAGAACUAGCCAGCUGUUAAAUCUUUGGUGUUAACGAUGACUCAUAUUGUACGAUCAGGUAGAAGAUUGAUACUAUCAGUCUUGUACCAUUGUGCUGGAAAAUUUUAAGAUUUGCCAUUGUCCAAACCACUAUAUUUUGACUCUAUUUGUCUAAAGACUCCUGUGGGUGUCUCUCAGGGUACAGACAGCUGUCCAACAAAAUGCAAUCUUUGGUGAAUCAUUCUGUCAGGAAAACCCCUUUCAAAAUUCCCCUGCCUUCAACUUUUUUUUGUAGUGGUUUGUUGUUUGCAGGCAGACUACUAGACCUUCACAGCAGAGUACUUACUUUUAACAUGUACAAGAUAACCUAACACACAGCCUCAGAGGGGCUGAUUUUGCAAUAAUGACUCUCUGUGUGGAUAUUAUCAACCACAGCUUACCAAAGACAUUCAUCAUGUGACACAAAAUACAGAGGAAAAGAAAUUUAUUACAAGCUAAAGUAACUUUGCACAUCUGCCAAAAAAAAGAUUAGGAAAAUAACUAUCAACCUCCAAACAUAUGUAGCUCAUGGGCUACACUGUAAAACUGUACUGUAUGUAAGUACAAAAUACAACAAAAUAAAUAAAAAAAAGAUUUGGAAAUAAGUUUAAAAACCUUGUGGUUUAGAAAAAAUACUUCAGAAGUAUGAGAAGGACACAGGAAACUGUGAUUCAUCAAAAUGCCCAAAAUGUCUGUUAAACUUUAAAGAGCUCAUCUGUAGGGCUGUACUGUUAAAUGUCCGACCACAAUAAGCACAUGUUGCCUAAAAGUUAUUCAAAAGGUAACUACCUUUUGAAUAACUUUGUAACAUUGCCAAACCACUGUCUCAGCACUGCAGUAUGUCUUGCUACACCACCUAUUUAUUCUGGGAUAGGGGAAAAAACGCUCUAGCUUGUUUGUAUUUCUUUCCACCAAUCACAACCAUCCAACUAUCCAACGCUAGCGAAGAUAGUGAUAGCAAAAGGGGAGGAACA